AUGAGUCGGGUACGGAAAGGACACAAUUACGAGCGUGUGGAGACCCGUUUCAGCCGGGAAACGAUCGAAAAUCUAAAGCCAAAAACGGUUUUCAACGAUAAAUGGGUGAUUCUGAAGAAUGUGGGCGCGCGCGGAGGCGCCCAUUGCUACGACGUGUGCGACCAGAAAGUCAGCGAAUUUGUGAGUAAAUUUUUCGCAAAAAACUGGAAAAUUGAUUUUUGAAUUAAAAAGAAAACGUUCAGGGAGUGUUGUACGUCGAAAUCGGCGACGACGGAAUGAGCUCGCUGGCGAAUCAGGUGGAAUUCUCGCACAAACAAUACUCUCUGGGCAAUUCGCACCGGUUUACGAGUGUUCUGGACUGCGGACUCAUCAACAAUCACGUCUACUUCAUGGUCCUUCAGAACAGACCCGGACCCACUCUUAAAGUAUAAAUGUUCUCCGAAAAUGUGUAAAAUCCGUGAAACACGAUAUUUCAGGCUCUUCUGGAAGCGGCGCCGUCGGCCCAAUUGGCCCCUACGACCGCCGCGUUCAUCGCCAUCGAUCUGAUCAGCACCGCCGAACUUUUGGCCUCUACCGGCUACGUUUUACGCAAUUUCGACGCGAAACAGUGGAAAUUCGACGUCAAAUCCAGAAUGUUCUAUUUAGCCGAUAUCACUGAUGUUUAUUGUUGUUUUUCUGCGAAAAAUGUGUGAAUAUUGAGUUUAGGUGACCGUAAUCUCGGAUAAACGGUAUUGUCCUGUCACGAAAGCGUAUCUGGACAGCGCCGAAACUAUGGAUUUGCACUGGAAUUCCGACGAUUUGACCUAUGCGCCCAUUUCGUUCAUCGUCAAGGGACCAGGUGCCGGUUUUACACAAAAUUUGUAUAGUUGUACGAUUGCUUUCAUCAGAAAAAACAGAAAGCAAAAUUAUAGAUUUUUGGGGAAUUUCAAUUAAAACUUUCAGCGCACCGAAUGUCGGAACUCGACAUGAUUGAAUCGUUGAUUUGUGUGAUUUACGAGCUGUCGCGCAUCAAACUUCCGUGGAAAAACUCGCCAAAUCUGCAGAAAACGCUCGAACUGAAGGAGGAAUUCGUGAUUUCCCUUCCGGAACACGUUGAAAAGUUCGAGACGGAAGUGGAGGGAUGGCUCGAUACGGCGUCAGUUUUUCCGAAGAUUUCUGCCGUAAAAUUGAUCGUUUUUAGGCUGAGAAAUGUGAUAGAAUAUCUGAAAUUGGCGAAGGAAAUCCAGGAAAGACUGGAGAAAUUGCCGGUCCGGGACGGUGCUUGGUGCCCGAACGGAGCACGCGCCGGAGCACUUCUUUCCGCGGUUCGCCACUAAAAUUUCCGGAUCGAAUGCUGUUUUUAGGUGAAAUAUCGUGAAAUAUUGGAGGAUUUUCAAAAAGUGGUAAAUUGCGGACGACCGAUUUGGAGCCAACAUUGGCGAGAUGUGAAAUUGGAUUGGGAUAAGGAAAUUGUGCAUACUGUAGGUCCAUUUUGCUAUUUUUCGCUCUAUCCUUUCAAAAUUGCCUUGUUUCCGGACAGAAUAUUGUAAAAAUUACAGUCUUGCACGCAAAAACCAGCGUUUUCAAGUAAAAGUUUCAACUUUUUAAAGCGUUCAAAAAAUUGCUCGCUUUUCCGACCAACUUACUUCUCAAAAAGAAACAACGUCAAAUUCCAGCCCAAAUCGCUCAGAACCAUCCGGAAUCUGGAAAAACGUGAGGCUGCUCGGGAAGUGGCUCAGGAGCUGGACCGACUCCACGGAUCACGCGCGCACUAUUCGAUUAUGAUGGAACACGCCGACGCAGAGGUCCGAAAUUGUCUCUUGCAGAAAUUUGGAGCCAGAAACCGUUUGUUCAGAUUGGAUUGAACACAGUUCUGAUACAAAAAUACCUGGAUGGUGCGCCGGGCGAAGCGGAUUUGGAGGAUAUGCCCGAAGAAGUGGCAGUGAUAAGGAAGCGGACGAGAAAGGCGAAAAAGACGAAGAAAAGCGAGGAAAACGAUGUGAAAUUGAAGGUGGAGAGCGGAGAAGAAGAGGGUCAGUUUAUUCACAGGUCUUCAGGAGAAACAAAUGUAUGUAUACGUGGCAAAGUGA